UAUCCUGCCGCAGAUUUCCCAUUCAACGUACACACAAAAUCCCCAAAAGCAACGGAUCUCUUUAAAAAGUCCUAUAUCUCACCAAUACAUACUCCUCUCUGAUAUUUCAAAAUGGCUUUUGGCAAUAUUCAAGAACCAGACGGAGAGAUCCUAAAGAAUGUUUGGGCGAAUUACAUCAGAAAACCACAACAAACCGAUAAAAGAUCAACAGGUCAUGUUCAAGAAGUUUCUAGAACUUGGGAAGCGUUGCCUACUAUUGAUAACAUACCGGAAGAUUCUAAAGAAUGGCUUCCAAGCCUAGAUACGUCGAUGGAGGCCCAAGAGUGGACAGAGUUUCUCAACGCGGUUACUUCUUUCCCAAACAAAACCAAUCAUGACCCUUUAACCAACCCUACCAUUAAUUCAUGUUCUUUGUCUUCUCGAGCUUCUUGCAAAACAAGGAAAUACAGGGGAGUACGGAGGCGUCCAUGGGGGAAAUUUGCAGCUGAAAUCAGGGAUUCGACAAGAAACGGUGUUAGGGUUUGGCUCGGAACGUUCCAAACUGCAGAAGAAGCAGCUAUGGCUUACGACAAAGCCGCGGUUAGAAUAAGAGGGACUCAAAAGGCUAACACAAAUUUUCAACUCGAGACGGUUAUUAAAGCUAUGGAAAUGGAUUGCGCCCCAAACUACUACCCGAUACACAGCUCAAAUACAUCCCAACCGUUAAGAAGCGGCCACGAAAUAGGAUCAAGAACAGAAAAAGAAGCCAUUGAGGCUUAUGAUAAAGUCGUUGACGAUGGGAUGGUUGAAAACCAUUGUACUCUUGGUCAUCCUUCAACUAAGGAUUAUACGGAGAUUUGUGGAUUGCUUGGGAGUGGAGAAACUUGGUUACGUUCAAGAAAGAGACCAAGGAGUGACGAAGAUUUUAUGUUUCAAGAAGUUAAAAUGAAGAAGAUGGUUACCGAAGAAGAGACAUUAUGUGAUGUGUUUGGAUUGUUUGAGUUUGAGGAUUUGGGAAGUGAUUAUUUGGACACAUUAUUAUCUUCUUUUUGA